GCCUCCGCUCCUUCUCCCCCUCCCCUUCCUCCUCCCCUCACAUGAAACCCUAAAUUCCCCAAAACCCUAACCCCGUCGCCGCCCCCCACGCCGCCAUGUCGCCCCCUCUCCAGGCGCCCGACUACAAGCACGUCACGGAGGAGUGCCUCCGCGAGUGGAAGGGCCAGCCCGCCGCCGCCGCCGCCUUCCGCGUCCCCGAUCCGGUCCCCAUGGCGCGCUUCCUCUACGAGCUCUGCUGGGCGGUGGUGCGGGGGGACCUGCCGCCGCAGAAGUGCCGGGUGGCUCUGGACUCGGUGGAGUUUGUGGAGGAGGCGCAGCGAGGGGAGGUCGGCUCAGUACUCGCCGACAUCAUCGCCCACCUAGGGCAGGAUGUUACAAUCUCUGGUGAAUAUCGCAGCCGUCUUGUCAAAAUGACCAAAUCAUUUGUGGAGUCGUCAUUGAUUGCGCCUAGGCUCCUUCAAGAGCGAUGCGAGGAAGAGUUCCUCUGGGAGGUUGAACUGAGUAAGUCAAAGGGGCAGGAUUUGAAGGCUAAGGAGGUCAGGGUCAACACACGUCUCCUUUAUCAGCAAACUAAAUUCAACCUUUUAAGAGAGGAAAGUGAGGGCUACGCCAAAUUGGUAACCCUCCUUUGUCAAAUUGGUUCAGAUUUGGCUUGUCAAAAUUCUUCUUCAGUUACUAUGAGCAUUAUAAAGUCAUUGAUUGGGCAUUUUGACCUGGACCCAAAUCGUGUGUUUGAUAUUGUUCUGGAAUGUUUUGAGCUCUAUCCGGAUAAUACCAUCUUUUGUCAGCUUAUACCUCUUUUCCCUAAGUCCCAUGCUGCUCAAAUAUUGGGGUUCAAGUUCCAAUAUUACCAACGAUUGGAUGUCAAUAGCACUGUUCCACCUGGGCUUUUCCGGAUAGCAGCUUUGUUGGUCAAAUCUGGUUUUAUUGACCUUGAUAGCCUCUAUGCUCAUUUACUUCCAAAUGAUGAUGAGGCAUUUGAGCAUUUUGACUCCUUCGUCACGAGGAAAAUCGAUGAGGCUAGUAAUAUAGGCAAAAUAAAUCUUGCUGCCACUGGGAAGGACCUUAUGGAUGACGAGAAGCAAGAAAUAACUAUUGAUUUGUACACAGCAUUGGAGAUGGAAAAUGAUAUAAUUGAUGAGCGAGCCCCUGAGAUUGAAAAGAACCAGAAACUUGGACUUCUUCUUGGUUUCCUGUCAGUUCAUGAUUGGGAUCAUGCACAACUCCUCUUUGAGCGUCUUGCACGCCUAAAUCCUGUUGAGCAUGUUGAAAUUUGUGAUAGUUUAUUUAGACUUAUUGAAAGGAGUAUUUCUUCAGUCUAUGAUAUAAUUUUCCAAACACAUUAUAAGAUGCCUCGUAACCCUGUUUAUAUGAUGGACACAUCACCUUCCUCUUCACAAAGUUUUUCGGUUGAUCCGCCGAAAGAGUUUUUCCAAAUGCUUUCUGCUUGUGGACCAUACCUUCAUCGUAACACACAAUUAUUUCAGAAGGUUUGCAGAGUACUUAAAGCGUACCAUCUGUCAGCAAAAGAGUCAAUCCGUACAGCAGGUGUAAUGUCUCCAGACUCGCGAAUUGAAGAAGCACUUGGAUCGUGCUUGCUACCAUCAUUGCAGCUUAUACCUGCAAAUCCUGCUGUUGAUAUGGAGAUAUGGGGAGUUCUUUCUCUUCUUCCUUAUGAGACCCGUUAUCGCUUAUAUGGUGAAUGGGAGAAGGAUACCGAACAAAACCCAAUUGUCCUUGCUGCAAGGCAAACUGCAAAGUUGGAUACCAGAAGGCUCUUAAAGCGGCUUGCUAAGGAAAAUCUGAAGCAACUUGGCCGCAUGGUGGCUAAACUUGCCCAUGCAAAUCCAAUGACAGUACUUCGGACAAUUAUCCAACAGGUUGAAGCAUAUAGGGACAUGAUAACUCCAGUCGUCGAUGCUUUUAAAUACUUGACUCAGCUGGAGUUUGACAUCUUGCAAUAUAUUGUAAUUGAACGCUUGGCUCAAGGUGGCCGUGAGAAACUUAAAGAUGAUGGUCUUAAUCUAUCUGAUUGGCUUCAGUGUCUUGCAUCAUUCUGGGGGCACCUGUGCAAGAAGCAUCAUUCGGUGGAGCUAAGAAGCCUUUUUCAGUACCUUGUUAAUCAGCUGAAGAAAGACACAGGCAUUGAGCUUGUUGUACUCGAGGAACUCAUUCAGCAAAUGGCAAAUGUGCAAUACACUGAGAACAUGACUGAGGAGCAGGUUGAUGCUAUGGCAGGGAGUGAAACAUUGCGGCUUCAAGCUUCAUCACUAUUUGGAUCAACAAGAAAUUCUAAGGUUCUGACCAAGUCUACAAACAAAUUGAGGGAUUCUUUGCUUCCAAAAGAAGAACCUAAACUUGCCAUUCCCCUUUUACUGCUUAUUGCUCAGCAUCGAUCCAAGAUUAUAAUUAAUGCUGAUGCCACAUAUAUCAAAAUGGUCAGUGAGCAGUUUGAUCGGUGCCAUGGAAUACUACUUCAGUAUGUUGAGUUUCUUUCAACUGCAGUAACUCCAACAACUUAUGUUCAACUAAUACCUCCGCUGGAAGAUCUGAUUAAUAAGUAUCAUAUCGAGCCUGACGUUGCUUUUCUUAUAUACCGACCUGUGAUGAGACUUUUCAAAAGCACUAAUGGAGGUGACACCUAUUGGCCUUUGGAUGACAAUGAAGAAGGGGAGUCUGUAUCAUGUGAUGAUCUGAUAUUGCAUCCUGACACAUCUCAUAAGUCAAUCAUGUGGUCUGAUCUUCUUAGCACAGUCCGGAACACUUUCCCAGCAAAAACCUGGAAUGGUUUAUCACCUGAUUUAUAUGCUACUUUCUGGGGGUUAACACUAUAUGAUCUUCAUUUCCCCAAAGAUCGUUAUGAUGCAGAAAUAAAGAAGCUGCAUGAAAAUCUUAAACAACUGGAAGAUAAUUCGGAUAACUCUAGUAUUGCAAUCUCACGACGCAAGAAGGACAAGGAGAGAAUCCAAGAUUUGCUUGACAAAUUGAACAAUGAAUCACAUAAGCACCAACAACACAUUGCAUCAGUGCUCCAAAGGCUAGGUCGUGAAAAGGUUAAGUGGUUAAAUUCCAGUCCAGAUGCUCUGAAGAUCAACAUGGAAUUUUUCCAGCGCUGCAUAUUCCCUCGCUGUGUUUUUAGCAUGCAAGAUGCUGUGUAUUGUGCUAUGUUUGUCCAAACACUGCACUCACUCGAGACUCCAUUUUUCAACACGGUGAAUCAUAUCGAUGUUUUCAUCUGCAAAACUCUACAGCCAAUGAUUUGUUGCUGCACAGAGUAUGAGGCUGGCAGGCUGGGAAGGUUUCUUCAUGAGACACUGAAGAUGGCCUACCGUUGGAAGAGCGAUGAAUCUUUAUAUGAGCGUGAAUGUGGAAAUAAGCCAGGUUUCGCUGUGUACAUCAGAUAUCCAAAUAGCCAGCGUGUAUCUUAUAGCCAGUUUGUUCGAGUUCAUUGGAAGUGGAGUGGACGAAUAACUAAGGUGCUGAACCAGUGCAUGGAAUCAAAAGAAUACAUGGAAAUCAGAAACGCCCUUAUUGUGCUCACAAAGAUAUCUAGCAUUUUUCCUGUGAUACGCAAAAGUGGAGUCAAUCUUGAGAAACGUGUUGCUAAGCUGAAGGGGGAUGAAAGGGAAGAUCUGAAAGUUCUGGCAACUGGUGUAGCUGCUGCUUUGGCAGCCCGCAAGAGCUCAUGGCUAUCUGAAGAAGAGUUCGGCAUGGGUCUCCUUGAUCUUAAGCAAGGGCCAGCAAAAAUUGUGCCUGGAAAUCAAUCAGCAGAUCCUUUGACAGCAAAAGAUCAGAGUGUUCGUGCAAAAUCCAUUGAGGGUAGGCAUGAACGGUCAGAAGCUGCCAUGAAGCCUGAUGCUCAACAAAAGAAAAAUGCCUUGGCUGCAAAUGGAUCUGAUAACCAAAUGCCAUCUUCUUCUGCACAAGGAAAAGUUUCAGGGAUUAUACGAGGUUCUGAUGAACCUCCCAAACUUCUAUCUGAUGAGGGAGUUAAGGUUUCAAAGCCUACUGCAGAAUCUGAGACAAGGGUGCCCCAAAAGCGUGUGGCACACAAUGCUGGCAAGGUAUCUAAGCAUGAUAUGGUAAAGGAAGAUACAAAAUCUGGGAAAUCUACAAACAGAGGUGUUACUCAACAAGGCUCCUCUGUUCCUGUUGAUAAAGAAGUAUUGUCUCAGGCAGCUGAUGGUGUGCAAGAUACCACCAGUAAUUCUUUGGCUGCUAGCAAUGGUAACUUACAUACGGCUCCACGGAAGGUAUCAGCAUCCUCCCAAAAAUCAACACUGUUGGCUACACAUACUGGUGGAGCAGCUAAUUCCUCUGGUGAAUCUACUGACUUGAUUGACUCUAAUAUGAAACAGCAAAAGAGGUUUGUUCCUACUGAAGAACAAGAUAGAGGAACUAAAUGGAGGAAAGGAGAGAGUGAAGGCCGGGAUGGUGACUUCACAGAACACACUGACAAGGACAGAAAUUUGGACUCGCGAUUGGUAGAUAAAUUUCGUCCCAUGGAUCAUGACAAGAGUGCUAGCGAGGAACAAAUCCUAAGUAGGCCAGAGAAAUCAAAAGAAAAGGCUGAUGACAAAUAUGACCGGGAUCCUAGAGAAAAAGCAGAUCGAACUGAGAGGCGUCGAGGGGAAGACAUCGAGAGACCAACAGACAAAUCAUUGGAAAGGAGAGAGCGUUCUAUUGAAAGAAUGCAAGAAAGAGGGACAGAUAGAGCUCCUGAUAAAGGAAGAGAAGACAGGAAUAAGGAGGAGAGAAAUAAAGUUAAGCAUGCUGAACCAUCCAUAGAUCGUGCACAUCCUUCUGAUGAACGGUUCCGAGGACAAAGCUUGCCACCACCUCCACCCCUUCCAGCAAGUUUUGUACCCCAAUCAGUUGGUAACAGGAGAGAUGAAGAUACCGAUCGAAGGGGUGGUAGUACUAGGCAUAACCAACGAUCAUCUCCUAGGCGUGAUGAUAAAGAAAAGUGGCACUUGGAGGACAAUGCUGCGUCGUUGCAGGAUGAUGGAAAGCACCGGAGAGAGGAAGAUAUUCGGGACAGAAAGCGUGAAGAUAGGGAUGUUUCGUCAAGCAAGGUAGAUGACCGGGAUAGGGACAAAAGUAGUAUUGUGAAGGAUGAAAGUGAUCCUAAUAGUGCUUCCAAACGGCGAAAGAUCAAGAGAGAUCAGUCUGGUUUAGAAGCUGGGGAAUACGCACCUUCUGCUCCACAGCUUCCCAGUCAUGGAACCAGUAGCUCACAAGUGUUUGAAACACGAGAGCGAGAACGAAAGGGGGCAAUUUCACAGCAUCGGAUAUCCCAUGCUGAUGACCUUCCUAGAAUACAUGGAAAGGACUCGAGCAAGACAAGUCGUAGAGAGGCUGACCAAGUACAUGAGAGAGAAUGGGAAGAGGAAAAGCGAUCAAGAACGGAAACUAAAAGGAAGCACCGGAAGUAGGAUAAUUGUUGGAAUUUUGUUAGAUGCAAAACAAGUCAUGAAUUCUCCUGAGCUUUACAAAGAAGCACAUGAUCAGCAAUGUACAACAUCACAUAUUUCAUCGUAUUAACAGGCCAUUCAGAGGUACAUGCUGCACCAGAAUUUUUAGAAAUACCUUGAUUGAAGGUGCAGUUUGGUCCUAUCGCGUAACACGAACAGAAGUUGUGGAUACAUGACAUUUGUUUAACUCUUAUGUAUUCUGUUGUUUGAACAAUUUGGAAUGCAGAGUACAGACUUAAUGGCCUAACCUUUGAUCUUGUGAUGUAAACUUGGAUGAGCUGUUCGCCGUCCAGCUAUUUUGUAACUCUACUAACCGCAGAUAUGUUCGUUGUAGGAAGAAUUUUGAUUGCAAUUUUUGCACUGUGUAGGAAUAAUGCUAGGGGACAACAGGCUUGCACGGUUGUACAUACUACAGUUAACAAUGUGUGCAUGAUCCUAUUUUUGUACGUGAGCGGUGUUCCUGUUAGUUUUCGCCA